AUGCCAUCACCACUUGUUGAGACAGUUGAGUCCUCUGAUGAAGAGGUUGAGGUGAACCAGUCUGCAUUCCUAUCCAACCAGGAAGCAGUUGACCUUGACAAUGUUAAUGAUGGUGGAUUGGAAGAGGAAGAAACUUUUAUUCUCCCAACCCAAUACCCAAGCAGCAGCGAUGAGUCUGAAGAGGAGGUUGAAACCGGUGCAGUUCAGAAAUUGACAGAUUUGACGAGCGACAGCGACAAUCCGAUGGAGAAGGUAAGGGCAGCGAAAAGAGUUAAGAGAAAGCAGGACAGUAAGAGGAAAAUGGACAAUUAUCAGAAUUGGUUAAGGAACGGAUCGUCCUCUAAGUCAGAUAGCAGUGAAGAGGAGAAACGCGAUUAUUGGGCUCAUGAUACAGCGGACAGUAAUAGCGCACCAAAGAAGAAGCCGGCAGUUGCCGCUGGACUUAGGAAAAGUCUAACCCCUAAGUUGAAGGCCCCCCCGAAGAACUCAACUACCCUUAAAUCGACAGUAUUGAGCGUGGAAAUGGAGGUUAAAAACAGCAGCACUUUAGUUAAGAAUUAUGUGUCACGAAAGUUUAAAGAAUUUACGAAAACACAGAAAAAGAUGCACCAGGAACUGAAAGAACAGCAAGAGCAGUUGAUUAGCUUAUACAACCAACAGAAAGACACCUGCCACAUUUUGUUAAAGGGAAUGCGAGGAGUACAGGCCAGUAUAGAUUCGGUUAAAGCAAUCGUGGACAAAUGCCCCCACAAGGAUGAAAAGCCUCCCUGCCAGCAACCAAAAUCGCAAGGGCUUAGGGGCAGUGGAGGACCGGAGAACUUCAGAGCACGUGGUUUUAAUGGCCACCAUGCUCCAGGCCUAAAUCAGCAGGGCAAUCUUACGAACACCAACCAGCAAGGAAAUGUCACGGCCUCCCCUCAUGUUACGGUGAACAACAACGUAUAUAAUCAGCAUGCCGAUGCAAGGAACAUGACCGGAAUGAUCGUAGACCUUAAUGCCCCUGGUAAUCGCUCUAUGCAUCCAGUUGAAGUCAAACCCGGUUACGGAACAGCCCCAAAUGGGGGAACGCGCAAGAGAAGACUUACAGCGAUGUCAAUGGCCUUGAUCGCAGAACAAGAGAAAUAA